UCCUGAAUCCUCUUCUAUUUUUCCUUUCUAGCGAUAGCCCUUUCCGUCUUCUCUGAAAAUGGCUUUCAAUAAGUCCAUUCUUCUUCUGGGAAUUUUUCUAGUGAUGGCUACUAGUAAGGUUUCUUCAUAUAAUGAAGAUCUCAAGAUGCAGGUGAGCUAUACAAAACCUACAGUAGGUGCCACCUCAGCACCACCAAAGCCACCUCCACCAUUGACCACCACAGUACCCACACCACCCAAGGCUAAGGUACCAUAUACCCCUGUAGUGAAGGUACCCCCUCCUCCAUUUGUGAAAUCUCCAUCUUACCCUCCACCACCCGCACCACCAAUUCCAAUUCCAACUCCAACACCCCCCAAGGUAAUAUCUCCACCCACACCUUAUCAUCCUCCAGUGGUAAAUCCCCCAGUUACUCCUACUCCAGCACCACCAACAUCUCCCAUAGUUAAAUCAAACAAAGAUUGCGUGCCACGAUGUGGUUAUAGGUGCCAAUUGCACUCAAGGACGAGAGUGUGCAUGAGAGCAUGCAUGACUUGCUGCGAGCGCUGCAAAUGUGUGCCCCCUGGAACUUACGGUAACCGCGAAAAAUGUGGCAAAUGCUACACUGAUAUGGUCACUCAUGGCAACAGAUCCAAGUGCCCCUAGAAUAAUCAAAUACUCCAUAAACCAUAUAUUAUAUCUUUGCCUUACUUUAAUUAUUAUUUCUUUUGUUACUGCUAGUAACUAAGUUUGAGUUGAUUAGUAGGUGGAACUUUUGGUUAGUAUUAUUUCAACUAAUUAAGUUGAGUUAUAUAUCAUGUGGUUUAAACUUUAAGCAGUGUGUUUAAUCGUUGGUUUUAUUUGAUCACCACUUUGAUGGGUUGUCUCUGCGGAAUUGAUAUCUGUGUACCCGGAUGAAAUCAUAUAUAUUCAUGUGUUAUAUUAUAGGAAAA